UCUCACUCCCACCGUCUGCCUCUAUAAAACCUGCCUGACUGCUGAUCUCAGCUAGUCUCUCAGUCUCUCCUCUCUCUGUCUGUCUGUCUCUCUUUCUCUCUUCUCUAUCUCUUCCUCCUCUCAGCCGCCUCCGCUGCAGGCCAGGAGCUAUCCAGUGCUGAACAAGUGAAUUUUUUCUUUUUUUCAGCAGCGUAAGCGGGUGUGUGUGUGUACAGUAGCAGGCACACACACACACACAGUAUUGUACCACCAGACAUCUCUCUCUCCUCCUGCGUGCUCUUCAUUUUUCCUUUAUCUAGACAUUGUUUUUAUUUUUUUAUUUCUGGAACGUGGAUCUUUUUUAUAAUACAACGGAUUUCAUUCGGGACAAUUUUCACCAGGGUUUUUGUGUGUGCAUGUGUGUCCGUCUGCGGCCGAUGUGAAGGAUUUCUGGUGCGUCUGUACGCGUGCGACCGUGUGAACCAUGCCUCGCUCAUUUCUGGUGAAGAAAAUCAAAUUGGAUGAUUUCUCCUCGUCUCCCGUGUCAGCGUCUAAUCAUCAUCACCAUCAUCAUCUUGAUGACUCCUUUACACGCUCUCGCUCCAGCCUGGGCGUCCGGCUUUGCGAAAAUGGCUACAUCCAGGAUUACAUCAGCUCUUCUGAAUACACAGAGGAGAAGCAGGCCGACAUGAAGCUGAGCUCGGAUCCGCUGUACUCCCCAGUCAGCAGCGGAGGAGGGGAGUACUGCCAACCAGACCUGGAGCAACCGGACAGCCCUCAGUCCGGCCUCACGGCUCGCGGAUACUUCAGCAGCGAGAGUGAAUCUCUCAGCGAGGGCUACACCAUGGAUGCGUUCUUCAUAUCUGACGGCCGUUCAAGGAGAAAGGGAGAGGUCACGGAAGCAAAAAAAGCCACCACUGUCGAGGAGAAAGAAGUGGUCGCGGUGAACAACGGAGGUCCCCGACACACCUGCAACGAAUGCGGAAAGACCUAUGCCACUUCAUCCAACCUGAGCCGACACAAGCAGACCCACCGCAGCCUUGACAGCAAGAUGGCACGCAAGUGUCCCACCUGCGACAAGGUUUACGUAUCCAUGCCGGCUCUGGCCAUGCACAUCCUCACUCACGACCUCAAGCACAAAUGUCACGUGUGCAGCAAAUCCUUCAGUCGGCCCUGGCUGCUUCAGGGGCACAUGCGAUCGCAUACGGGAGAAAAACCCUUCGCCUGCGCCCACUGUGGGAAAGCCUUCGCCGACCGAUCCAACCUACGAGCGCACAUGCAGACACAUUCGGCCUUCAAACACUACAGCUGCAAGCGCUGCAAUAAGACCUUCGCGCUGAAGUCCUACCUGAACAAGCACUACGAGUCCGCCUGCUUCAGAGGCUCCGGAGACGAGGACGAGUCUGGAUCCGAGAAUUAGCAAAAAGAAGAAAUGAAGAUGAGCUAACACUCUCAAAAAUCCCCCCACAGACUCCCUUCACAGACCCCACUUUCCCUUUUUUAGAAAGCAAUAUUUUGACCAAGAAAAAAAACAAACCAACCCAAUAAUAAGAAGACAAUAAUUAAUAGAUGCUGGAUUUUUUUCUUUGGUAAAAAAAGGCCCUCUCAUAUAGACAAUUAUAGUACAAUUAAUUAUGAGGCCAGGCAUGCAAAUUUUUAUGAACAUAAUACUAUUAAUAACGAUAGUAAUAAUAUUUAGAUUCCUGAUGUUUUA